AUGUCUUGUUAUCUUUGGUUUAGUGACAUAAAUACAGAUCAAUAUCAAUCAUCAUCUUCACCAUUAACCCCUGGAGGGAACUCAUCAUCAACAAUAGUAUCCUCAACAUCUUCACUAAGGCCAAGAUUCUCGGAUUUUCGACCAAGAGAUGCAUUCAAAAAAUUUUGUCGUGAUGUGGUAACGGCUACCCAAGUCUCGCACUCGGUGAUAUUACUAUCUCUAUUAUAUAUCUCUCGAAUGAAAUCAAAUAAUCCCGCAAUACAAGGUCAUCCCGGAUCUGAAUACCGAACCUUCACGGUGGCGUUAAUGUUGGCAAAUAAAUUCUUGGACGAUAACACAUACACGAAUAAAACAUGGUCAGAAGUAACAAACAUUUCUGUUCGAGAAAUAAAUAUAAUGGAAAUUGAGUUCUUGGGAUCACUAAAUUUCUCGCUAUACGUAUCGGAAGAUCAGUAUUUCGAUUGGCUACAAAUAAUGGAUCAAUUUGUAUUGGAGUCGGAAAUGUCUCUUAGAAAUUCGAACAGAGAUCGAUUAACGCAGGCUGAUUGUGGAAUUGCAAUUAAUUCCUCGUCAUUCGGUGGAGUUAAUAGCAAUAUUAAUGCUGGCGUUCAAAACAACUCCCUCGCCACGACGAAACUCUUACUCCAAGCACAUUUACAACAACAGCAGCAAUAUCAAUUGGAAAUUUUGGACCAGAUGCAAAACUUGUCUGCAGCGAGAAAACUUCAUUUGCAAUCAAAUUUCUUGAACGCUCGUUCACCCGCUGGAUUUGCGCAGAUCAAUAGCAUGCCAUUUCCAACGACAGUAGUCUGA